GUUGCUGAUGAAAGCGAAUAGUAAUUUAAAGAUGGCGGAGUGCAUGGAAGCACGUUUGACCGCCCAAGAGGAGCAGAUAGAGCUCCUCACUCGGGAAUUUAGCCUCCUACGAGACGGGUUAAAUGGUGGUCCAGAGGUCGCCAGCAUUCUCGCCAGUUCUCCGGAGUUGGAGAGCUUACGGAGCGAGAAUGAGAAGCUCAAAUUUCGUCUCGUGCACCUCCGCCGGGGUCUCCAGGAAGAGCUCGCCCUGGAGGGACAGGGCAAGGGGGGCACAAACAAAGGCCAGGAGAAGACAGGGAAACAACAACCAAAGAACCGCAAUUAUGAUAAUAAUAAGGCAGCAACUCAUGAGACUAAACCUGUUGUUGAUAAGGAGAAGCCAGAGAACAACAAGAAGGUGGCACAUGGAGGGGUUGGUGGCAGAGAGCUGAAACCUUGGCCUGGCUACAUCUCGGAGCGCAUGCAGCUGUAUGAGGAGCUGAAAAAGGAGAGUGAUGCCCUGCUGGCCAGGAGAGCUGCAGACAGCCAGCCCAUCACUGUGGAGCUGCCAGAUGGACGCAGGGUGGAGGGUCAGGCCUGGGUCACUACCCCCUACCAGCUGGCCUGUGGCAUCAGUCAGGGCUUGGCUGACAAUGCAGUGAUUUCCCGGGUGAACGGGGACCUGUGGGACCUGGAUAGACCUCUGGAGAAGAGCUGCUCAUUGGAGAUCCUGCGCUUUGACAAUGACGAUGCCCAGGCUGUGUACUGGCACUCCAGUGCUCACAUCCUUGGUGAGGCCAUGGAGCGUUUCUAUGGAGGCUGUCUGUGUUAUGGACCACCCAUUGAGAAUGGCUUCUACUAUGACAUGUUCCUCGAUGGACCCCAGGGUGUGUCGAGUACAGAGUUUGAGUACCUGGAGGCGCUAUGCAAGUCUGUGGUGAAGGAGAAACAGCCCUUCGAGAGGCUGGAGGUCAGCAAGGAGACCCUACUGAAGAUGUUCAAGUACAACAAAUUCAAGUGUCGCAUUCUGAAUGAGAAAGUCACCACACCCACUACAACAGUCUACAGAUGUGGGCCUCUGAUUGACCUGUGUCGUGGGCCCCAUGUAAGACACACAGGAAAGAUUAAAGCCUUGAAGAUCUACAAGAACUCUUCUACGUACUGGGAGGGCCGUUCGGACAUGGAGACCCUGCAGCGUAUCUAUGGCAUCUCCUUCCCAGACUCCAAGAUGCUGAAGGAGUGGGAACGCUUUCAGGAGGAGGCUAGGAACAGAGACCAUCGGAAGAUUGGAAAGGAGCAGGAACUGUUUUUUUUCCAUGACCUGAGCCCUGGUAGCUGCUUCUUCCUCCCGCGUGGAGCCUACCUGUACAAUACACUCACUGACUUCAUCAGGGAGGAAUACUGUAGAAGAGAUUUCCAGGAGGUGGCCUCUCCUAACAUCUAUAACAGUAAGCUGUGGGAGACUUCUGGCCACUGGCAGCACUACAGCGACAACAUGUUCUCCUUCCCAGUGGAGCAGGACGUCUUUGCACUGAAGCCCAUGAACUGUCCUGGACACUGUCUGAUGUUCAGCCACAGACCUCGGUCGUGGAGGGAGCUGCCUCUGAGACUGGCUGAUUUCGGGGUGCUCCAUAGGAAUGAGCUAUCAGGGACACUGACCGGCCUUACGAGGGUGCGCCGCUUUCAACAGGAUGACGCUCACAUCUUCUGCACCAUGGAACAGAUUGAGUCUGAGAUGAAGGGCUGUCUGGACUUCCUCCGCUGUGUCUAUGAUGUCUUUGGCUUCUCUUUCCAGCUGCACCUUUCAACCCGUCCAGAGAAGUACCUAGGAGAUAUCGCUGUCUGGAACCAGGCUGAGAAGCAACUGGAGAACAGCCUGAAUGAGUUUGGGGAACCAUGGAAACUAAACCCCGGAGACGGUGCUUUCUAUGGGCCCAAGAUUGACAUUAAGAUCAAAGAUGCUAUUGGCCGGUAUCAUCAAUGUGCAACCAUUCAGCUGGACUUCCAGCUUCCUAUCCGCUUUAACCUGACCUUUGUGGGGAAGGACGGGGAUGACAAAGCGAAGCCGGUCAUCAUCCACCGGGCCAUUCUGGGCUCUGUGGAGAGGAUGAUAGCCAUCCUCACUGAGAACUACGCUGGGAAAUGGCCCCUCUGGCUGUCCCCACGUCAGGUGAUGUUUGUGCCUGUCAACCCUACCUGUGAAGAAUAUGCCAAGAGGAUGUGUAAACAGUUUGUGGAGGCCGGAUUCAUGGCAGACGCUGAUCUCGACUCCAGUUGCCUCUUAAACAAGAAGAUCCGCAACGCCCAGUUAGCCCAGUACAACUUCAUCCUGGUGGUCGGUGAGAAAGAGAAGCUGACUAACAGUGUGAACGUACGUACGAGGGACAACAAGGUUCAUGGAGAGCUGUCUGUCUCUGAGGUGCUGGCUCGCCUGACCCUGUUGAAAGAGUCACGCUGCCGGAACGCUGAGGAGGAGUUCUGAGGAGAGAGGGUGACCACAUGGUUCCCAGAAGACAAAAUGUUUUAUGCCAGAUAGUUUUCUCUGUCAACAAUAGAAGAACAAAAGGGACGUGUUUAUGUGAAUGCAAGAGGUCUGUGUGGAAAGGAUAGACAUGGAAAGGGGUAGAUUAAAUGUAUUGACAUUUAAAAAUAUAAUUUUCUAAUCAACUGACAGACCCUUUCUGUAGUUGAAUAUGUAUGUUUCUUUGAUUGUCGAAUCAAUUUGAAAGAAUAGUGUCAGGAAGUGAGAAACAAUAUUGGUGAUAAUGUAUUUGGUACAGUAGUGCAGGGUUUCUUCAAACUAGGUCCUAAGGCCCCCCCCCUGGUUUCCCAUUUAGUUUGUUGCCCUAGCACCACACAGCUGAUUCAAAUAAUCAAAGCUUUUUGAUAAGUUGGUUAUUUGAAUCAGCUGUGUAGUGCUAAGGAAAAAAACAAAACAUGCACCCAUGGGGGGCCCCAGCACAGAGUUUGGGAAACCCUGCAGUAGUGUAUGAAAAACCAUGCAAUAACAUUUUUUUUACACUAAUCUGAAGGAUAGAAUGUGGAUGAAGGAAGAUGUCAUGAGAAUAUUAUUUAUUGGGUUGAGGUUAAGCCAAAUAAAACACUUUUGGGAAAUAUUAAAUAAAAUCAUGAAGUAGCUCUGUCCUCUUGUUGGAUUGUGUCUUGGAAUAAAAUAUUGUGCCUCCCCUUUUA